AUGCCAAGCCUCGAAGCAGACGAGAGCGCCUUCCUCCAGGCCGAAGGAAAGCAAACUUUCACCAGCCCACCCCGCGUCCUCAUCAUCGGCGCAGGGAGUCGCGGCACAGCCUACGCUGAAGCCGCACAAUCUUCAAUUAACUCCAUCAUCACAGCAGUAUGUGAGCCCAAUGGUUACAAACGCACUGAGUUUGGUCGCAAGUUCAUCUGGGGUGACGGAGGUGAGGCCAAAAAUCACCAAGCAUUCCGCGGUUGGAAGGAAUGGAAAGAGUACGAGAUGAAGAGAAGAGAUCAGGAAAGUGCUGGUCAUGACGUGGAGAAGGGCAUCAAUGCAGUGUUCGUAUGUGUACUGGAUGAGAUGCAUGAAGAGGUCGUCUGCGGUAUCGCAGAUAUGGGCGUGCACAUCUCGUGCGAAAAACCGAUGAGUACGAGAUUGGAGAGUUGCAUGAGGAUGUACAAGGCACUCAAGGCACCGGUCGGUACAGGCGAGGCAAAAGAGACGAUCUUCGGUAUUUGCCAUGUGUUGCGGUACUCGCCGCACAACAUGUUGCUGAGACAUCUGGUACUGGAAAAGGAUGUCAUUGGUGAUGUGUUGAGCAUUGAGCAUGUUGAGCCUGUUGGUUGGUGGCAUUUCAGUCACUCCUACGUCAGGGGUAACUGGAGGAAAGAAUCCAAAACUGCGCCAUCUCUUCUCACAAAGUCCUGCCAUGACAUCGACUUCCUUAUGUGGAUGCUCUGUUCGCCUGGUCCAAACACUGAGAAUGCGACACCUCAUCUUCCAUCACACAUCACGUCUACUGGGUCUCGUAACUUCUUUCGCAAAGAUCGGAAGCCGAAAGCAGCUGGCUCAGCUACGAAUUGCCUAUCUUGCGCGUAUGAGCCAGACUGUGACUAUAGUGCGAAGAAGAUAUAUCUCGAGAGACACCUGGACAACGGCAACGCAGAUUGGCCAGUCAAGAUUGUGAACCCUGAGAUCGAAGACAUCUACAAGACUUCCGGUAAAGAGGCAGCUGGGAAGCAGCUUCUCAAAGAUCUGACUGAAGACUAUAGCAGUGAGACAUCAAUCGGUGAAAUUGAACAACGCCCGUGGUUUGGUCGAUGCGUAUGGGAGUCGGACAACGACGUAUGUGACGACCAGAUGGUCACGAUCACCUGGGAUGAUGAUCCAGUCGCAAAUGACGAUGAUGGCCUACCUAUGCUGCAUGGCCGAGGAGCAAAGACUGCCCAAUUCCACAUGAUCGCCUUUACAGAGAAGCAGUGCGAACGGCGGGGUCGCAUCUACGGCACCAAGGGUGAGAUUGAGUACGACAGCACCAACAUCAAAGUGCACAACUUUUCCACUGGGCAAACCAAAACUCACAGCCCUCAUCUCGCAGGCGGCGGUCACGGGGGCGGAGACGAGGGGCUUGCGCGACAAUUCCUCAUGGCGGUUAACGCUGUAGACUCUGGCGCCAUGCCCGCGUCAGACGCCCAGCGGAAGUAUCUCGGAUGCGGCCUUGAGGAAGCGUUCCGGAGCCAUGCCAUGGUCUUCGCAGCCGAAGACGCUCGAACGAAGCGCCAGGUGAUCGACUGGAAGAAGUGGUGGACCGAGUCGGUGGAGUCGCAAUUACACGAGCGGUAA